UUGGUUUUGAGUGCUUUCCUAAAACUCUUCUUCCUCCUAAGUUAAUUGAUAAUUGGAGAUCUGUGGGCGCCAUGUGAAAUAUGAGUGCCAAAGAGCGCGAGAAAGGGAUGGAGAGAGAGAGACUGAGAAGGAAAGAAAGAGAGGAGUUUGCAAAGAUAAGCUUUGUUUUUCCCCUCCCAAUGGCCAAAGCAAGCCCACGCGUUCCUGUGCUAUCUUUGGCUGGAGGUAGGGGUCCUCUUCUUCUUCUUCUUCCUAGAGAGGUAAAGGAGGCGUUUUGACAACUCAUUCAUCUCCUUUGCUCACUCUGCGAGAAGAUAGAAGAAGGAGAUGGCCAUGGCGAUGGCUUCUGGGGUUUGCGCUUCGUUAAAGGCGGCGGAGAAGGGUUUCUCAGGCAGCAGAAAUUGUGCUUCGUUUGGGCGUUUUCGCUCUGUUGUUAGGGUUCUGAGUACUAAAGGAAGAUUAUCUUUUGUAGCUGUCAACAUUCCAAAAGCUGUAUCUCCAACUGCUGUAGAGGAAGGAAGUUGGAGAGGAACUGAUUCGGUUCCUACUCCAAAAGUUAUAAUAGAUCUGGACUCAGACCCGGAUUCAACCAUUGUUGAGAUUACUUUCGGUGAUCGCCUCGGUGCUCUUAUUGAUACU